AUGGCUUGGAAGGAUACAUUGAAACACUAUAACCCUUUUUCAUUGUUCUUGCUCAGUGGUGUUACUAUUGUGGGAUUGGCUGCUGUGAAUGAGUGGAUUGUUGAUAAAGCUGGAACCGCUCUCUCAGGAACAAAGUCCAAGGCCUUUGACUCUAUGGUCGAGCGUAAACUUCCAACCUAUAAACCAGAAUAUAUUGAAAGAUGGGAAAAGGAAUAUGGAAACAAGAAAUAA